AUGCAAACGAUCAAAUGUGUUGUUGUUGGCGACGGAGGUGUUGGUAAGACGUCUCUUCUGAUCACAUACGUAACAGAAGAAUUCCCAGACGAAUACAUUCCAAAUAUUUUUGAUACUUAUAAUAAAAACGUCUUUGUUGAAACGACACCAAUUAAGUUGGAGUUGUGGGACACUUGCGGACAAACAGACUAUCUUAGAGUAAGCCAACGUUUAUAUCAAGAAACAGAUGUGUUUAUUUUGUGCUUUUCUUUAGUAUCACAAACAACACUCGAUAACAUUAUAACAUUUUGGGAACCAGAAA